AUGUCGUUCUAAUUCAAAAGAAAUUUAUUAAACUUUUAAUUAAAAUAUCUUAAUUUAAAUAAUUAGUAAAAGCAUUCUCUAUAAUUGUUCAAGAAGUGCUUUGAACUAAUAAAAAAUGGUUUCAGUAAUAUAUUAAGAACAUGGAAUACUAAAUAUAUAGAAAAAUUGUACCUUAAUGUUAAUAAUUUAGAUAUGUUGUAAUCGACUCAAUAAUGCUAUUCAAUUAUAAUUUAAAAAAAGGACAAGUAAAUGAACCGAGGACGAAGAUGCACUCACCUAAAUUCUUCAAGUUACGACAAAGAUCGCUCUACAAUUUACUCUUUAUUAUCUUCAAUGAAUGAGGUAACAAUAUUAUUAAUCCUACAGGCC